GAUCUUGGCCUGAAACCGGAGAAUGCUUACCAGAUUGUGCCAGAUCUGAGUAAUUCAACAGCAAGUUCUCCAGUUGUUGCAAUUCAUCCAAAAGGCUCUAGCCCGCGACUGUCGUUUUUGUCCAGUACGAGGGAUAAUGGUAUAAUUCAUCACUCAGUCAAGGUGGAAACUGACGAUGAGGACAACGAUCAAACAAUCCAUGUGGAUGUUGGUUUAAGGCAUAAGCGAUCGCUGCUGAUGCGCGCUCAGAGUCCCGAUUUUGCGGCUCGUCAUAAGCAGUCAAUCAGACGAGGCCCUGACCUAUUUUAG